CAGUGCACCGCAACGUCAUUAUAUGGAGUGCAGCGCCAUUAUAUGACAGCAAGAUCAACCAGCUCACUGCCAUCCUACACACGCUGACUCUCUCUCUCUCUCUCUCUCUCUCUGUUCAAGGAUGGCAAAGAGACACGUCAUGGUUCCUGCCGAGGAGGUUGACUUGUCCACCGUCAAAUACGAUUCUGAAGCAAUCCAAGCCCCACAUUUGACGGGGUUCGUGUUCAAGUUGUUCGUUAGGAUAAUUGAAGCGCCAGUGAUAGGUUCUCUGAUCGUAUCUCAUUUGAAGAAGCAGAACAGAUUUGUUCAGAUGAUGCGCAAUACUGUGAUCCCAGAGUCACCCAUGUUUAAACCUGAAUUCCCUCCUCAAGAACCGGAAACUGGGGUUGUUGCCGUUGAUGAGGAUGGGAAUCCGGAAGACCGAGUUGAAUCAGCCUUGAAGUGUCUUCCACAUUACGAUCUUGCUGGACGCUGGAAUGGGGAUCAAGCUCCACCAUUCCAGUACUGGAAGAUACGUGAUUAUGCUUAUGCUUAUCGGUCUGGGCUUGUGACCCCAUCUAUAGUGGCAGAGCGCAUCAUCCCAAUUAUCGAGGAGUUCAGCAAUAAGAAGCCCCUGGCCCCUUUAUUGAUUUCAUUUGAUGCCGAGGAAGUUAGGAAGCAAGCUGCAGCUUCUACAGAAAGGUUUGAGGAAGGAAAGCCAUUAUCUAUAUUGGACGGGAUUUUCAUGGCGAUCAAGGAUGAUAUAGAUUGCCUUCCUCAUCCAUCUAAGGGUGGUAGUACAUGGCUGCAUGAGGUUCGGUCUGUUAAAAAGGAUGCAGUUUCUGUUUCAAAAUUGCGUAGCUGUGGUGUAAUCUUUUUAGGGAAGGCAAAUAUGCAUGAAUUUGGCAUGGGUACAACUGGAAAUAAUCCUAAUUAUGGGACAACAAGAAAUCCUCAUGCACCUGAAAGGUAUACUGGUGGAUCUUCCUCAGGUCCAGCAGCAAUUGUAGCCUCUGGGCUAUGUUCUGCUGCACUUGGAACAGAUGGCGGAGGUUCAAUCCGUAUUCCGUCCUCCCUUUGUGGAGUAGUGGGCUUCAAGACAACAUUUGGACGGACGAAUAUGCAAGGAUCAACAUGUGAUUGUGGGACUGUGGAAAUUCUUGGACCAAUUGCGUCAUCAGUGGAGGAUGUCAUGCUAGUGUAUGCAGCAAUCUUGGGCUCUUCUCCUGCAGAUAGAAUUAGUUUGAAACCGUCCGUACCUUGUUUGCCCAUACUGUCAUCAUAUGAUGGUUUAAAUGCUUUGGGAUCAUUGCGACUGGGAAAGUAUACAGCGUGGUUUAAUGAUGUAAAUUCGACUGAUAUCUCUGAUAAGUGUGAAGAUGUUCUAGAUCUGUUGUGCAAAACUCAUGGUUGUGAAACGGUGGAAAUUGUUAUACCUGAGCUCCAAGAGAUGCGAAAUGCUCAUCUUGUUUCAAUUGGAGCUGAAAUGCUGUGCUCUGUAAAUCCUGAUUGUGAUGAUGGGAAAGGUGUGAGAAUGGCAUAUGAUACUCGGACUAGUUUGGCACUUUUUCGAUCAUUUACUGCAUCAGACUAUGUUGCUGCCCAGUGUCUUAGGCGAAGGAUUAUGUACCAUCAUAUGGAGAUCUUCAAGAAGGUCGAUGUCAUAGUGACCCCAACAACUGGAAUGACAGCUCCCAUAAUACCUCCUAGUGCAAUUCAAUUUGGGGAGACAGAUAUGCAGGUUACAGGUUAUCUUAUGCGGUUUAUCCUUGCGGCAAAUCUUCUUGGACUUCCUGCCAUUUCUGUGCCUGUCGGUUAUGAUAAACAAGGACUUCCAAUAGGUUUGCAACUAAUCGGCCGUCCGUGGGGUGAGGCUUCGCUUUUGCGCGUGGCUUCUGCAAUAGAGGAACUCUGCUUGAAGUCUAAGAAGAGGCCUGUAUCUUUUUAUGAUGUUCUGAAGACUAACUGAAGUGCUCUGGCUUACCUUUGUUCAUAGUUUUAACAUUGUGGAAGCUCUCCCUAUUGUGAUUGUCACUUGACAAAAGACUCUUACUGUGCUAUAUCAAUUGGUCCAGACCUCUUUGGUGAGAUCGAUCCAAUGUCACAAUAAAAUAUCCUUCAAAAAAUAAUUAUUGACUGUGAUCA